AUGUUGAUAGUGCAUUUUAUUUCUUUCUACUUUAGAUGAGUUAUGCCAUUGUCGAAUUUGUGAAGUCAAAAGAAGUUGAAGUUGUGCCAGUUUCGUGGGUGUCGGAUAGGCAGUGCUGCUGGCCUGACCAUGUAAAGGCUGAAAAAGCCAGUAGAAUGGUGAAGAAACAGACUCCUCCGCAGGCGGCGUGGAAACGCUUUGACAUUGCUGUCAAAGGACUGUUUGGUACUUAUGAUAGUGCACGAAAAAAUCUGAACCGUAGCCAGUUCCACUCUGACCUGGGCAGUGAUUCUGAAGUGGUUCCAAGGAAGCGAUGCCGAAGGCCACCACGGAACUGGACAGACUCUGACUCUAAUGCGAGUGGGACAGAAGAGGCCACUGCAAAGACAUGUCCACUGACACUCCCCGCCAUUCCGAAAAAUUUCCCUCAAGGCCUGACUUCAAGUCAAAUGUCAAGUGGAGCUACCGGCAGUGAGAGAGAAAUACCAAGAACAGGCUUGCUGUCACGUUCAAAUUCAUCAUGCAGUGAGCGUGAUAACACUGUUGAUGCAGGCAAGUACAGUACAGUCUAGUCUAUUUCUUAUUUUAGGUCAAUAUUUAGCUGAUCAAUAAUGUAACUGUGAAAAGGGCUUGGGUUUCCGAGUGGUUUACCAUAGUUUCUAAGCACUCUUAGCUAAUGCCAGAUCCGUCUCACAUAUGUGGGCACAACUGCAAUUAUUGUUUACAGGUAAUGCAAACAAAGGAGACAACAUUUCAGAAACCAAGUCCUUUGUAUGCAAUUCUGACCAAUGAGAUUAUCCUGUAAUGCUAAUUUAUUACAUUUAUGCUUUCCAGGUCAACCAGUGGAAGUGGAGAAGCCACAAAGCGCACCUACUGAACAUGGCAGUGACCAGUGUAUGCAGAUUUAAAAUUAUGGCUUUUAUAAAUUCUUUCGCAAAUUGAUUUCAUAAGCGUAACGAUCACUUGGGAGUUAUUUUAGAAUGGCACAUGUACACAGGGUGUUUCAGAGAACACUCAAAACUUUUUAAAGGUUGCCUGUGGCAGAUAGCACAGUUCUAAUUUACGAGCUGGUCUGCUUGAAGAGGCGGACAUUACUUGAACAAAAAUGAAAUGCAUAAUCGGCUAAUUAACAAAAAAUCACUAAUCAAGUUUUAACUAAUUACCUUAUGGUCCCCGUACUGCAAUUUACAAAUUCCAGCUGUGCAGUUCACAAGGAAGAUCCAUUUGGAACAAAUUCUCAGGAUGACGGCAGUUUCGAAAUAUUAAUUCCCAAACUUUGUGGAGAAAUGCAUUGGCA